AUGGCUAGGCACUUCCAAGCGGAACUCUUCGAAAGGCAGGAGAGGCCGUGGUGGUCUUGGAAAGAAGCAGCAAACCGAGCUCUGCUCCUCACCAGGGGAGCUGCUGCACCCAAGGAAGACUUUGUUUACCACCCACUCAGAGCGAGACUGGGAGGUCCUCUGGAGGGAAGUGAAGUGAGGACACCUUCCCAGGACCACCUAGGGGAGUAUGUGCAAAACUUUGGGAAAAAGUUGGAGGACACCAUCCUGAGCCCCAUGGCCAGCAGGGAAGACCGGGCACUGACUGUACGUGGAGAAGGCCAGCGCGCCUUACCCACCCCUGUGCCAGCACGCAUCCGAGAGAUUGUGUCAGGCAGCCUGGUGGAGGAACCAUUCCCAGGGCUGCGGGAGCUGCCAGCUACGACAACCCACACACAGGAGGAGAGUGAGCUCCUGCAAGAGGAGCUGGCCCGCUUGGAGGACCUGUUGGCUCAGGCAGAUGCUGAAAGGGAGGAACUGGCUAGCAGGUGCCAUAUGGUCAGCCAGAGGCUGCAGGCCCGUCUGGAUACCACUGAGGCCCGGCUUCGGAAGUCAGAGAUGGAGCAUAGCAUGGACUUGGAGGAGGCACUUAGCCGGCUGGAGGCCUCACAGCAGAGGAGCAUGGGCCUCUCCCAAGUAAACAGCCUCCUGAGGGGACAGCUGGAGCACAUGCAGAAGGCCAAUGACACAUUAGCCAGGGAGCUGGCCAGGACAACACACAGCUUGCUCCGCCUGCAGGGCAAGCUGGAGCUGCGGGAGCUGACCCGUUAUGGAAUAGCAGGCUUCUACUCUCGAGCUCAAACCCAGGCUGAGAGGGACUCUCUGGAGAAUGGCCUUUUUGAGGCCCAACAGCUGACAACUCAGCUGCAGACCCAGCAAGAACAGCUAGAAGGGGAGGCCCAGGCUGCUCAGCUCGCUCGCAGGGCUUUGCAAGUGGAAAUGGAGCGGCUGAAAGGUGACUGGGAAGUCCGAGAGACGAAGCUGCAGUGGGAUCUGGGACAGCUGCGGCAGCAGGCCACACAGCAGGAGCAGGAGGCACAGCUGGCCUUGGAGCGUCAGGCACUGGCCCACAGAGAGGACCUGGCCCGGCUGCAGAGGGAGAAGGAGACCCUCAGUUUAUCCCUGGCAGAGGAGAAAGAGGUGGCUGCCCAGUGGAUGGAACAGCAGAAAGAGCUGGUGACAAGAAGCGCAGCUGAGAGGGAGGCUCUGGAGGGGGAAAUUCAGAGCCUGAAGCAGGAGCGGGAUGAGAGCCUCCUCCAGCUGGAGCACGAGAUACAGCAGGCAAUGUCUCUGAAGGAAGCAGAGAAGAGCCUGCUGAGCAAGGAGCUCUCUGGGGCUAAUAAGGAGCUGGAACGGACCCGUCAAGAGGCCCAGAACCAGCAAGAGCAAGCUGAGGCCACCAUCACCACCAUGACCACAGAGCUGAGAACUCUCCAGGUCCAGUUUGAGGAGGCCAUCUCCACGCACCAGAGAGAAGCUGAAGCUCUGAGAGAAAAGCUCCGGGAGAUAGCAGCCGAGCGGAGCAGUGUGAGGAGAGAGGCUGAGGGGCUGCAGGCACAGCUGAACAUGGCCCAUGAAAGGCUGGCUGAGCUGCGCCAAGAGCUUCAGGACAGUGAAGAGAGUCAGGAGAGGCUUCGCAGGGAGGCCUUGGAGGCCCGCCGGGCACUGGAUGAUGAGACUCAAGAGAGGGAUGUGCUGCAACACUCCAACACCAAGCUGCGGGCCACCAUCCACAGGGCUGAGCAAGAGAAAGCCAGUUUCAAGCAGUCCAAGGAGGAGCAGGAGCAAAAGUUGCUGGUGCUUCAGGAGGCCCAGGCCGCUGCUCAGAAGGAAGCCUGUGAGCUGAGGGCCAGGCUGCAGGAGUUGGAACGGGCACAGGGGGAUACCCGCCGGAAGCUUCAGGAGCGCCACAGACAGGUAAGGACACUGGAAGGCGAGAACCAGAGGAAGAGACGGGAGGUGAGUGAGCUGAAGACCCAAGCCUCCAGGGACGCACAGCAGCGACGGAAGAACCUGCAGGAGGCACUGGAGCUGCAGAGGCAGGUAGCUGAGUCCCAGGCUGCCCGUGAUGGUGCCCAGAAGGAGGUUCUAGGGCUACAGCAGAAGUUGGCUGAAGUCGAGGCAGCCAGGGAGGCCCAGGCAAAGCAGCUGGAGGGGCAGCUCUGUGAGAGCCAGAGGGCUGAGCAGACCCUGCGGGCCGAGUUGCGCAGGCUCACCAGGAAGCUACAACAGGCCAGCAGCCAGGCUGACAGCCUUCAGGCCAGCCUGGACAAUGCCUGUGGCCGAGUGCACAUCCUGGAGCAGGAGCUGGCCCAGGCUGAGGGAGCUAGGCGUAAUGCGGAGGCCCAGCUGGGUCGGCUCUGCUCCACACUCCGCAGUGGCCUAGGGCUCCGGAGUCAGAGCCACUUGGCUUCUCCAGAGAGGUCCCGUUCUCCCACAACAGGCAACUCCCAGACUCGCCCUGGACGGCAAAGGGUCAGUCCCCCUACUCGAUCCUACUCUCCAUCCCGAUGGCCCUCACCUGUACCUGGAGACCCUGACUCACAGAUCAUAGAUGUGGCCUCUGUAAGGGAUGCCCUGAGGGACUUGGUGCAAAAGCUUCAGGAAGCCCAGCAGGAGCGGGACAACGCUAGCAUCCAGGUGGCCAGUUUGAGCAGCCGGCUGAGCAAGGCAGAGAGUGCGCGCAUCCACCUACAGAGCCGUGUAGAGCAGCUCCAGAGGGACCUAGCCGAUGCAGAGGAAGGCCAGCGCAGGGCAGAGGGUGCACUGCACAGUGCCCAGGCAGCUCAGGUCCUGCAGAAGGAGGCACUCCAGAGGCUGGAAGCAGAGCACCUGGCAAGCACCCGGGCUGCGAGCCAGGAGAGGCGAAGGAUGCAGGAGCAAGUGGACACCCUGCGCCAGGCCCUGGAAGAGAGCAGCAGGCACAGCCAGAGCCUUACAGAGAAGGGGAGGCAGCUGGGGCCCCUGCAGCAGGUGCUUCUGCGGAGUCACAGGGAGCAGGAAGCUGCAGCGACCCAGCGGGCAGAGAGGCGAGCCCUGCGGGAGCAAACAACUUCACUGCGCACCGAGCGUGCCCGCCUACAGGGGGAGCUCGCGGCGCUGCGCACGCGCCUCAUACAGGCAGAGCAGGAGACCCUGAGGAAGGAGGAAGACACAGCUAUGCUGGGGGCCAAGAAGGAGCUGCUGCUGCAGUCUCUGAGCAGUCUACACCAGGAAGUAGAUGGGGCCCUGCGGCAGAGCCAGCAGCUGCAGGCCCAGAUGGCGGAGCUGGAACAGGCCCACACCCAGCGGCUCCAAGAGCUGGCUGCCCAGCACCAGCGGGACCUGGCAGCUGAGGCCAAGAGGCUCCACGAGGCCCAGCUGCAGGCCACACAGGCUCUGGAGUCCCGUGAGCAGAUACACCAGCAGAGGGUGAAGGUCUUGGAAAGACAGGUGGCUAGCCUGAAGAAACAGCUGGACCAGGAAGUGUGGCGGCGGCGGCAGCGACAGGCCCACAGUGACUAGACGCUAGACGUUCUGAGCUAAGCAAUGACCGCAGUUCCUCCCCUGCACCCCUGUGCUGGGUGGCCUGCACCGAUCAGCCAGGACAGCGGGCUCUGGGGUGGAUGUUGGGGCCCCAUGCUCCUGGGGAAACUGGUGCUAUGCACACUAUACUGGAGGGGCCAAGUUCAACAAACACUGGUGUGUUGUGUGAAGCUGCACAAAUAGGCAGCCACCAACCAAAGCACACUACACUACCAGCUCCUCCCCAGACUGCAGAAAUCCUGCCUAUGGGGACCUCAGCCUCCAGCUGAGCUGAACCACAUUGUUGGUCACUGCUCUUUAAAGCUCCUUCCUGCUGCAAGGAGCAGGGGCGUUGAUCACCCCUCAGCCCAUACUGGGCCUGGGGCUCCAUUUCCAAACUGGACCUGCUACUUGGGCCAGGCACUGGCGGCUGGGCCCUGUCAGACCAGCUCCCUUGCCAUGGGCUGCUGCAUUCCAUGCCCUCAGCUCUGUAAACACGGGGAAACACAUGGGAAACAUUUCCACCAGCAAGAGCCAAAAACACAAUGUCCUGCAAGGCCAGCCACCACACCCCACAUCCAGUGGCCACAGAAUCUUCCACAUCCAGGAACUGCAGUCCCGGCUCGGUGGCAGGUGGCUGGAAAUGACUCAGAUGCAAGUCCCCUUGGUUCGCUGGCCACGGGGGCAUUGGAGAUAUGAAGCUCUUCCAGCAUCUCCCAUUUCUACAAAGUGCUGGAAAAACGCCAGUGGAGAACCCUGCUCUGGUUGCUAUGGAGACCAAGGUCAUCAUCUUGGCAGAGCCUGCUCCUGCCUCACCUGUUGGCAUCUGUAUCCCUCCCUUCUAUUAGCACCAGCCAGAAUGACUUGUCUUCCCCUCCGACCAGUCUCUUUGGCUUUGUAAAUGGCGCUUUCCAGCGCCUCUAGGCUACCAGCCGGCCUGAUAAACGCUUGCCUGCACCACAGGGUGCAGGUUGCCCCCACAGCUUGUGCUUCCGCCAGGACCUCCCGAAGCAUCUUCGAGGACCCUAGCAUGGGGCAGGAAAGGCCAGAGGCUCCUGGAGCCCGUCCAAUCACAGUCAUGUAGCUGUGGCCAAGACAUGUGACAGCCUGUCAGUUCACUUCAAGAUCACCAGGGACUUAAAAUCAGCCAUCCUGGAGUCAGACCUCUUGUUGAACUUAGAGUAACCAGAUUCUGCAUAAUCAAGGUGGGCAGAUAGACUCCAUCACUGGUGACAUUAUUAAGAAGGAUCCUGAAGUUCAGCCCAGGCUCUGAAAGAGCACCGAGACCCAUUGGCAAUGGCUUCCCUGGACAAAUGAUAAGUAGGCAGUGGCACAGGUACCCUAUAUGUGCCCACCUACAGUUUCCAGGUACCAGCCAACACUGAGCCUAGUGGAGGAGAGUGGAUGGCCUGUUCCACCAAGGACUGAGAAACUGGGACUUCCUACUUGGCCCUCACCUCCCUCCUUCCCUGGUCUGCAGUUCCCUUGUGGUAGGAUUGAACUCCCUGCUCAAGGAUCCCAGAGUGGCACAGAAGCUGGAGAUUUCCACAGGCAGCCAGGGAGUUCCUCCUCUGCUCAUUCCAGGAGCCUACGUGCAGUGUGGCUCUUCCUGGCUUUGCAGGACUCACUGGUGUCCCGAGGACACCGAUGGAAUUGAAGCUGUCAGCUGAGCAGGUAUCCUGGAAAUGUACCUGGAAGCGGAGGACACACUUCAGCAGCGAGAGGCCUGGAUACUUCUCAGCACCAAAGUGAAAGACACUGUGAUCUGGCCACGGUGCUCCCUGGUGAUCAGGGCCUUUACACUGGCUGCUCAGGGGAGCAUUCAGAGUACAGUGAGGGCUUCUGAGAGUUCCACGCUUUGAGUAUUUAAAUCAGUGCGGAUGAUAUUAUUCUUACUUAUUCAACAUAAAGGACCGUGUUUGGGAAAGGAGAUGUUUUCUAAAGAAUAUA